UGGUCCUAACCCGGCGCCCGUGAUUUUUUACAAUUUUUAUUCUAAUUAUCGGAAUUAAAGAACCUUUUGGACCAUUAAGUUAGCUUGACAGCAUGCCAACCAUUGGGGUAAAACGUGAUCUGCUCUUCGAGGCGCUCGGCAAGAAGUACACCGAUGAUGAAUUUCAAGAGCUGUGCUUUUCCUUCGGCCUGGAGCUGGAUGAAGUGACCACGGAGAAGCAAAUGCUGACUAAAGAACAGGGCGAUGUGGCGGCAGCGGCGGAUGCCAAUGAGGAAGUCAUCUACAGGAUAGAUAUUCCAGCCAAUCGUUACGAUUUGCUGUGUCUGGAGGGCCUAGUCACGGGUCUUUUGGUAUUCCAGGGCAAAGUCAAGCCACCGAAGUUUGAGUUUGUGGCUCCUGCCCAGCGCCAGGUGCUCAAGAUUGACCCCUCAACGGCACAGAUUCGUCCACAUGCUGUGGCCGCUGUGCUGCGCAACGUAACCUUCACGCAAGAGGCCUAUACCAGCUUCAUUGAUCUGCAGGACAAGCUGCACCAAAACAUAUGCCGCAAACGAACCCUAGUGGCUAUUGGCACUCACGAUCUCGACACGAUCAAGGGACCCUUCAGCUAUGAAGCCCUGGCGCCGGAGCAAAUCAAAUUUGUGCCACUCAACCAAACGCAGGAGCUGAAUGGAGCCCAGCUGAUGGACUUUUAUGCGACGCAUGCCCAACUCAAGCAGUAUCUGCCCAUCAUUCGCGAUGCGCCAGUUUAUCCGGUGAUCUAUGAUGCCAAUCGCGUGGUGCUCUCUCUGCCGCCCAUUAUUAAUGGCGAUCAUUCCAAGAUCUCGUUGAACACCAAGAAUGUAUUCAUCGAAUGCACAGCCACGGAUCUGACCAAAGCCAAGGUGGUGCUGGACACCAUUGUCUGCCUCUUUUCUGAGCAUUGUGCCAAGAAAUUCACGGUAGAGCCAUGCGAUGUGGUGCAGCCCGACGGCAGCAUUGUCUCCUACCCAGAGCUUGCCGUGCGAGAGGAGCGGAUUUCGGUGAAGCGUGCCAAUGCCUACAUUGGGAUCGAUGAGCCCGCUUCCAAGCUGGCGGAUAUGCUGACCAGAAUGUACUUAGAGGCACGGGUCGAUGGGGAGUCGCUUGUUGUCAAGAUUCCACCCACUCGACACGAUGUUAUCCAUGCCUGCGACGUCUAUGAGGACAUUGCCAUUGCCUUUGGCUACAACAACAUCAAGAAAUCCCUUCCAGCCUUCAUGCAGAUAGCCAAACAGUUUCCACUCAACAAGCUCACCGAACAGCUGCGCGAACAGGUGGCCCAGGCUGGAUUUACCGAGGCGUUGACCUUCACUCUAUGCUCUCGGGACGACAUCGGACGCAAGCUAAACAAGUCCAUUGAAGCCCUCCCAGCCGUACACAUUGGCAAUCCCAAGACACUGGAGUUUCAGGUUGUGCGAACCACCCUGCUGCCAGGUCUCCUCAAGACAUUGGUGGCCAAUCGCAAGAUGCCGCUGCCCCUGAAGCUCUUCGAGAUUAGCGACGCUGUUGUAGCCGAUGAGAAGACGGAGGUUGGUGCCCGCAACGAGCGUCGAUUGUGUGCUGUGAACUGCAACAAAACCGCCGGGUUUGAGGUGGUCCAUGGUCUCUUGGAUCGUGUCAUGCAACUGCUCUCUGUGCCCUGGAAGACGGCCAGUGUCGACAAGGGCUACUACCUGGAAUCGACGGAAGAUGCCAGCUAUUUCCCUGGUCGUUGCGCCAAUGUGAUGUACGACAAAGUGGUCAUCGGCAAGAUUGGAGUUCUCCAUCCCACAGUGCUGCAUGCUUUCGAUUUAACGACACCUUGUUCGGUUGUAGAGUUCACCAUUGAACCUUUUGUCUGAAUUUCCUUCUACCCAUUGUUUAAACAAUGAUUUACCCGUAUAAAAUGUUAAACAUUUCGUAAAAGUUCACAAAUAAAUUAUCGAAAAAUAUAAAACUA